AUGUCUUCCGAGAAAAUUACGGUCCAUAACCUGGCGGACCUGAAGAACACCUCGGACGAUGCGCUCCCAAACUAUCUCAACUCUCUCAAAUUCACCCAAACCCACACGCUCACCGAUGUGCGUCUCGCACUCGGCUACUCCGCAUUCUUAGUCGCAGGCGCAUGCUUUCUCUGGGAUUACAAGCUCGGCUUCGACAGCACAAAGUACUACACGGCGGCCGCUGUGGCUCUCUACUCGAUUCUCAACGGCGCCCUUACGUUAUGGAUCUGGCUGAAGGAGGCGGGCACCGUCUAUGAGGGGACAUCCCCUUCAGGCGAGAAGGUCAACAUCGCAACCUCGACGAAGAAGAACGUACCGACAUACAACAUGAAGAUUACCCUGACCUCGAAGAACGGCGAAAACAAGAUUAUCAACCUCUCAAACCCCUUCAACCAGUGGUUCGACUCGCAAGGCCGCUUCGUCGCGGUCCCAUUCCAGGAGAUCCUCGCGACCAACAUCCCCGCCGUCGGCAAGCUCGACCCCAAGCGCGUUACGUCCGCCUCUCAGGGAUACUCGACCGAUGUCCUCGACGCACUGUAUGCGGAGAGCACGGCGACGGGGAGCGGUGCGGAGGCGGCUAAGAGUGCCAGCAAGAGACGCAAGGCAUAG